UGAUCUAUGUUGGCACAUCAGAGGGUGUGGUCAGUGUGCCGGCAGCCAAUGCUCCUUCUACUGGACCUGUGCACACUGUGUUCUGGCCGUGACCCUUUCUGUGGAUGGGACAACACUAGAAGAGCCUGUGUGGCUGCCACUGAAAUCCAGGACACGCUAGGCCAGGAUGUAGAUGGAGGGAAUGUUGAAAAAGCAUGUAAUGGUGUUCCACCAGCCCACCGGCCCGGGUUUAGGCCAAACAGCCUGCCUGCAAGUGAACUGGUGUGGGUUUCACCGAAUGAAGUGGUGCGGCUGCCAUGUCCACCGGCAUCAAAGCUGUCCCAUCAGCUGUGGGAGCGUCCAAACAGCCGCCUCUCAUCAGACCUCUACCUUCAUCUCCACGAGACACUGUGUUUCAUAGCAACCCCAGCUACCCUGGGCCAUUACCUGUGUCUGGCUGUUGAGAACAGCUACCAGCUGACUACGGCCAUCUAUCUUGUCAAACAGAAAAGCAGUCCCUUACCUCAAACACCACCGACUUACUCCCGGCCUCACACCUACUUCUUACCUGCUACACGGGCUUGGUCAAGACCUGGAGUACAUGCCACUUACACGCCCAAAAGAAGAGACUCAGCAAAAAAAGCCACUGACCUGACAUUGGCCACCACUGAAGUUCAGCUCACCACUCGACAAGUAGCCAGAAAUGUCAGCAUGUGGACGCAGCGGUCUGGCUGUAAAGAGGUGGAGCUGUUGGAUGGGGAGCCACGGAUGCUGGUGCAUUGCCCCUGUUACCUGAAAGAACUGGUGGUUGUGUCUGUUCUGCUCAUGCUUUGCCUCAUCCUGCUCAUCAUUGUCCUUCUCUACAUCAUCCAGAAGCACUGCCACAGACGAACUGUUCCUCAAGCACACUCAACAAGUCAACUCUGUGAGCGAAGCAUCCCUGCGCAGGAAGAUGAUCCACUUUCGAGAUGUGCCAGUAAAUGCAGUGGACAGGUGUUAGACUGUGGAGCCGCGGGGUCGGUGUCUCACGGGGCCCUAAGGAAUUCCAGAGGACAUUUGCCUGGAACACCGAUCUGAACAAUUCUGGGCACAAAGUAGUAAAAGUAAGGCUGGGUAGGUAUUUGCGUGUUAGCAAGUCAGCUAUAGAAACAUGC